CACAUAGAUUCACCUGUCUAUGUCGGUUCGGCUUAUGACGAACAAACUUUAAAAAAAGAAUUGUUAAGCGCAUGCGCUGGCCUGGCGCUCAGAGGAAACCGUUAACCUACAACUCCGCCUUCUGGUUCUGACCUGCAUUUCGGCCAGAUAUCUUACUCGCAUACCGGCGUCAGACGAUCCCUGGGACCAACAAAAGAUCCAAUAACUACCUACCUAAGUCCAUAUCAAAUCCAGUCGAGUCCUUUUUACCUUGGAAACCAACAAGUGGAAACCAAUUCCACCACAAUCCUUUGCACCUAGCCUCCCCCAAGGUCGAUUAACUCAUAUACUUAAUCUUGUGCUCCAACCUCCCCUUAGUCUAUCUCGGCCAAGCUCCGCAUCAUAAUGGCGCCAACUUCGUCCACCCCUUUGAAGAAGCAGCAAAUCACUCUAGCACAGUUAUCGUCUUACGAUGACAUAUUAACUGAUGCGCUAGUCGACCAUGCAUAUUACUGGACUGUAAUUCCAAAAAAUCGCCCGUCGUAUCAUCCUUCCCGAGGCGUGAAGGAGGAGGAAAUCACGAAGAUUAUCCAAUCCCAUCUGAUUGUCGACCCGGAUCUGGAAACGGCCGAGUCUAGACUACUUGCGACAGAUGGAUUACGCAAGUUUCACGAUGCACUGAAGACCCCUAAAGAAAAGGAUGACUUCCGCGCUCAUCUUCGUCGCUACAUGCACAUCUACCUUCCCGAUUGCCCCUUCGAAGUCAGCUCAACCAAUCGCUAUACGAUUGUAUCUCACGAGGCGGCGGUGACUGCACGCAAGUAUAUCAGAAAGGGACAGCCAAUCAAGUACCUUUCAGGCAUCCAGGUUUUGAUCACCGAGAAGGAGGAGAAAGAGCUUUCUAAGCGGAAAAAAGACUUUAGCAUUGUCGUCAGUGCUAGAAAUAAGUGUGCCAGCUUGUUUAUGGGCCCUGCUCGAUUUGCAAAUCAUGACUGUGGUGCAAAUGCGCGCUUGAUGACUACAGGUCAUGCUGGUAUUGAGAUCAUUGCGGCACGGGACAUUGAGGUAGGGGACGAAAUUACCGUCACAUAUUCCGAGAACUAUUUUGGCGAGGACAACUGCGAAUGCCUCUGUAAGACUUGCGAAGACAGUAUGGUGAAUGGAUGGGCCCCGGCCGAGGGCACAAUUGCUGUUAAAAAGAGCAUUGAAGCAACGUCUGCUGAAGGGUACUCACUGCGUCAUAGACGACGAGACGACAGUUGCGCCUCUGCAUCACGAACACCCUCUGUUACUCCUGAUAUCCGGCCCAGGAUUCUGAAAACGCGAUCAAAAACGCUGAGGAUGGGCUCGGAGCGUGGAUCUACUACAUUGGGUUCUCCAGCACCCCAGGGGCUGUUACGCCAAAAACGAAAACGUGACUUCGAUUCACUUCAGUCGCCGCCUGUUACUCCAAAUAAGAAGUUAAAGACACUCCAGUACGAGAUACCACAACUGUCUGCUCCUCCCAACCUAUCCAGACACAGUACCGACGAAGAUUCAGCAAGCUCACGCUCUUCAGAGCAUGAAAGUCUGGAUGUGGUUCUUACUGAUGCCACAACACCCGAAGAAGAUCCUAAAGAUUCCAUUCUACAAUCACCAAGUUUAACACCUGCAAAAUUACCAACGGGUGCUUUAAAACGAGAAGAGUCAGAUGCAUCGCUGUUAGAAAUCGCAGUUAGUCCUUCCACGCCAGACGCGCAGGACUCAAUUUCGGUGGCGCCAUUACCUAUGAUUGAAGUGAUAGCCCAGGCCAAACCCGUGGCGACUUCACCAACAACUGAUGAAAUGGACGAGGCCUCAGAAAGUAUCGUUGUGCUCCCACCACUAGCCAAACCUGCCACUCUUGUUUCCGAGUCAACACAAGUAAUUGCUCCGAUACUUGAUUCGCCUGAAUCAGCAAGUUCGUCACACGGAACAAGUGCUAAGCGAGGCCGUCCUAGAGGCAGACCAUCAAAGGCUGAGAUGGUUGAGACUGAAGAUACGGAUGAUGAUGAUGAUGAUGAUGAUGAUGAUGAAUUUACCCCUCCAUCUCGUACACGAACUCCUGGGGAUUACAUACUUACUCCGGUACUGCUGUCCGAGCCCAAUACUGCCUGGAUACACUGCACUAUCUGUAGUGAGCCAUUUGUACAGUAUAAUGCAUACUUUACACGAAGUUCCUGUCCGCGAUGCGAACGUCAUUCCAAGCUUUAUGGCUAUCAAUGGCCCAAGACAGAGAAGGAGGGCAAGCAUGACAAGGAGGAACGAGUCUUAGACCAUCGUCUUAUUCAUAGAUUCUUGACCGCAGAAGAUGAGGCCAAGAUCCGGGGCCGAAAAUUCGCCUCCACGAGCACGGCAACCACACCUAGCAACGAAUUACCGGAGAAGAGAGCAAGAGGUCGACCUCGAAAAGUACAAUCGGUCCCCAAUCUUGGGGAAGAACGUGGAAGCAGUCAAGACGAUGAGAGCAGUGGCAUAAGACGCAGCACCAGAAGGCGGCAGCCAAGUUUAAAAGCUGUCUGUUAGUACGCAGAAAGAGGCUUGUUUGGCUCGUGGGCUUGAUUGGUCACGUUCUCUCAGCAGGCUUUUGGUCUAUUAUAUCACCAUCAGACCUGCAUAGAAGUAAUUGGGGAUUGUAAUAUAAAGUUAGCUCGUUUGCAGCAUAUUUGGUGGCAUUAUGUGCUAUGGCGUUUACGUUGAUUGUGAAGUUCAAUUGUAUAGGUACCUACAUAGGUAGUCAGCCUCUAGGAUAUGUACCUAGGUUAGUACAUGUAGAAUAACUGCCACACAUGAUUCAAUACAUGUAAAUACCUAGGUACACUGCAGCCUGCGUAGCAGCUGUAGCUGCUUUAAUGAUGAUGUUCAAAG